AGGUCUACGGGCCGGACAACGUGAUCCUCCUCGGCGACUCGGCCGGAGGCAACCUCUGCCUCGCCGCGGCCCUCAACGCGACGACGCGCCUCCGCCCUGGAUCCGAGUGCGGCGGCAGCCUGCCCGACACGGCAGAGGGCCGGCGCGGCGGAGAGCCGCCGGCGGCGAUCGUGCUCAUCUCGCCCUGGCUCGGCCUCACCGACGACGCGAUCGACUCCGAGUCCUUUUCGGGCAACAACCCGCAGCAGGGCGGCUACCUCUCGUACGGGGGCGGCGCCGACUGCAUCCCACCCCUCAUCACCUCCUUCCUCCAGUCCGCGUACGCCACCGCGGCGCAGCGCGAGCGACCAGACGGCCUCGUGUCGUUUGUGGGGCGCGGAAUCCACGACGGAGAGAGCAGCUGGGACGGCGACACGAGCGGCGCGAGCACCGCCGCGAUGCGCACCCUCUGCCCCAUCUUCCUCACCCGCGGGGGCAGCGAGACGCUCUCGAACCAGCACGCGGCCUUUGCGCGCACCGUGCGCUCGCUCCGGCUGUCGAACCCCCGCUUCAAGGGGCGGUCGCCGCUCGAG